AUGCCGCAACACUCGACAUGCGUGGAAGCAAAGGAUCCAACUUCUAGUCCCGACUUUCUGUUUGUUCAGCCUAUACUUCUAUGGGUCCCACUGUUUCUCAAUCGUUCCGGUCUGCUCGGAAACAUUCACCACAGCCCCUUGGUAACUGUUGUUGAUCCAAUGGAGAAUAUCAGCCACGACAGUGCCGGACUGCGAAGCGACAUCGCCUGA